ACAGGCGGCACGGUUUGAUGGCAGAGAUAUUUUCUUUCCAAACUGUUCAAAAUGAUGAACGAAGAUGCAGCUCAGAAAAGCGACAGUGGAGAGAAGUUCAACGGCGGUAGUCAGAGGAGAAAAAGACCCAAGAAGUCCGACAGCAACGCGAGCUUCCUCCGUGCUGCCAGAGCAGGCAACCUGGACAAAGUCGUGGAAUAUCUGAAGGGGGGCAUAGACAUCAAUACCUGCAAUCAGAAUGGACUCAACGCUCUCCAUCUGGCUGCCAAGGAAGGCCACGUGGGGCUGGUGCAGGAGCUGCUGGGAAGAGGAUCCUCUGUGGAUUCUGCCACUAAGAAGGGAAAUACCGCUCUUCACAUUGCAUCUUUGGCUGGACAAGCAGAAGUUGUCAAAGUUCUUGUUAAGGAAGGAGCCAAUAUUAAUGCACAGUCUCAGAAUGGCUUUACUCCUUUAUACAUGGCUGCCCAAGAGAAUCACAUUGAUGUUGUGAAAUAUUUGUUGGAAAACGGAGCUAAUCAGAGCACUGCUACAGAGGAUGGCUUUACUCCUCUAGCUGUGGCACUCCAGCAAGGACACAACCAGGCAGUGGCCAUCCUCUUGGAAAAUGACACCAAAGGGAAAGUGAGACUGCCAGCUCUGCAUAUUGCCGCUAGGAAAGACGACACCAAAUCUGCCGCACUCCUUCUUCAGAACGACCACAAUGCUGACGUACAAUCCAAGAUGAUGGUGAAUAGGACAACUGAGAGUGGUUUUACCCCUUUGCACAUAGCUGCACAUUAUGGAAAUGUCAACGUGGCAACUCUUCUUCUAAACCGGGGAGCUGCUGUGGACUUCACAGCCAGGAAUGGAAUCACUCCUCUGCAUGUGGCUUCCAAAAGGGGAAAUACAAACAUGGUGAAACUCUUACUGGAUCGAGGCGGUCAGAUCGAUGCCAAAACUAGGGAUGGGUUGACACCACUUCAUUGUGCUGCACGAAGUGGGCAUGACCAAGUGGUGGAACUUCUGUUGGAACGGGGUGCUCCCUUGCUGGCAAGGACUAAGAACGGGCUGUCUCCACUACACAUGGCUGCCCAGGGAGACCACGUAGAAUGUGUGAAGCACCUGUUACAGCACAAGGCGCCUGUUGAUGAUGUCACCCUAGACUACCUGACAGCCCUCCAUGUUGCUGCGCACUGUGGCCACUACCGCGUAACCAAACUCCUUUUGGACAAGAGAGCCAAUCCGAAUGCCAGAGCCCUGAAUGGUUUUACUCCACUGCACAUUGCCUGCAAGAAAAACCGCAUCAAAGUCAUGGAACUGCUGGUGAAAUAUGGGGCUUCAAUCCAAGCUAUAACAGAGUCUGGCCUCACACCAAUACAUGUGGCUGCCUUCAUGGGCCACUUGAACAUUGUCCUCCUUCUGCUGCAGAACGGAGCCUCUCCAGAUGUCACUAACAUUCGUGGGGAGACGGCACUACACAUGGCAGCCCGAGCCGGGCAGGUGGAAGUGGUCCGAUGCCUCCUGAGAAAUGGUGCCCUUGUUGAUGCCAGAGCCAGGGAGGAACAGACACCUUUACAUAUUGCCUCCCGCCUGGGUAAGACAGAAAUUGUCCAGCUGCUUCUACAACAUAUGGCUCAUCCAGAUGCGGCCACUACAAAUGGGUACACACCGCUGCACAUCUCUGCCCGGGAGGGCCAGGUGGAUGUGGCAUCAGUCCUUUUGGAAGCAGGAGCAGCCCACUCCUUAGCUACCAAGAAGGGUUUUACUCCCUUGCAUGUAGCAGCCAAAUAUGGAAGCCUGGACGUGGCAAAACUUCUCUUGCAACGCCGUGCUGCCGCAGAUUCUGCAGGGAAGAAUGGCCUUACCCCGCUCCAUGUUGCUGCUCAUUAUGACAACCAGAAGGUGGCGCUGCUGUUACUGGAGAAGGGUGCUUCCCCUCAUGCCACUGCCAAGAAUGGCUAUACUCCUUUACAUAUUGCUGCCAAGAAGAAUCAAAUGCAGAUAGCUUCCACACUCCUGAACUAUGGAGCAGAGACAAACAUUGUGACAAAGCAAGGAGUAACUCCACUCCAUCUGGCCUCGCAGGAGGGGCACACAGAUAUGGUUACCUUGCUUCUGGAUAAGGGAGCCAAUAUCCACAUGUCAACCAAGAGCGGACUCACAUCCUUACACCUUGCAGCCCAGGAAGAUAAAGUGAAUGUUGCUGAUAUUCUCACCAAGCACGGAGCUGAUCAGGAUGCACAUACAAAGCUUGGCUACACACCUUUAAUUGUGGCCUGUCACUAUGGAAAUGUGAAAAUGGUGAACUUUCUUCUGAAGCAGGGAGCAAAUGUUAACGCAAAAACCAAGAACGGCUACACGCCUUUGCACCAGGCCGCGCAGCAGGGUCACACGCACAUCAUCAACGUCCUGCUCCAGCAUGGGGCCAAGCCCAACGCCACCACCGCGAAUGGCAACACUGCCUUGGCGAUUGCUAAGCGUCUGGGCUACAUCUCCGUGGUCGACACCCUGAAGGUUGUGACCGAGGAGGUCACCACCACCACCACAACUAUUACAGAAAAACACAAACUAAAUGUUCCUGAGACGAUGACUGAGGUUCUUGAUGUUUCUGAUGAAGAGGGUGAUGACACAAUGACUGGUGAUGGGGGAGAAUACCUUAGGCCUGAGGACCUAAAAGAACUAGGUGAUGACUCACUACCCAGCAGUCAGUUCCUGGAUGGUAUGAAUUACCUGCGAUACAGCUUGGAGGGAGGACGAUCUGACAGCCUUCGAUCCUUCAGUUCCGACAGGUCUCACACUCUGAGCCAUGCCUCCUACCUGAGGGACAGUGCCGUGAUGGAUGACUCAGUUGUGAUUCCCAGUCACCAGGUGUCAACUCUAGCCAAGGAGGCAGAAAGGAAUUCUUAUCGCCUAAGCUGGGGCACUGAGAACUUAGACAACGUGGCUCUUUCUUCCAGUCCUAUUCAUUCAGGUUUCCUGGUUAGUUUUAUGGUGGAUGCCCGAGGUGGUGCUAUGCGAGGAUGCAGACACAAUGGGCUCCGGAUCAUUAUUCCACCUCGGAAAUGUACUGCUCCAACACGAGUCACCUGUCGACUGGUCAAGCGCCACAGACUGGCAACAAUGCCUCCAAUGGUGGAAGGAGAAGGCCUGGCCAGUCGCCUGAUCGAAGUUGGACCUUCUGGUGCUCAGUUCCUUGGUAAACUUCACCUGCCAACGGCUCCUCCCCCACUUAAUGAGGGAGAAAGUUUGGUCAGCCGCAUUCUUCAGCUGGGGCCUCCUGGAACCAAAUUCCUUGGGCCUGUGAUCGUGGAGAUCCCUCACUUUGCGGCCCUUCGAGGAAAGGAAAGGGAACUGGUGGUCCUGCGCAGUGAGAAUGGGGACAGCUGGAAAGAGCAUUUCUGUGACUACACUGAAGAUGAGUUGAAUGAAAUUCUUAACGGCAUGGAUGAAGUACUGGAUAGCCCAGAAGACCUAGAAAAGAAACGAAUCUGCCGCAUCAUCACCCGAGACUUCCCACAGUACUUUGCAGUGGUGUCUCGUAUCAAACAGGACAGCAAUCUGAUUGGCCCAGAAGGAGGUGUGCUGAGCAGCACAGUGGUGCCCCAGGUGCAAGCCGUCUUCCCAGAGGGGGCACUCACCAAGCGGAUCCGCGUAGGCCUGCAGGCUCAACCUAUGCACACUGAGCUGGUGAAGAAGAUCCUAGGCAAUAAAGCUACCUUCAGCCCUAUAGUCACUUUGGAACCUAGAAGAAGAAAAUUCCACAAACCAAUUACCAUGACCAUUCCUGUCCCCAAAGCUUCAAGUGAUGUCAUGUUGAAUGGUUUUGGGGGAGAUGCACCAACCUUAAGAUUACUAUGCAGCAUCACAGGUGGAACCACUCCUGCUCAGUGGGAAGAUAUUACAGGAACUACGCCAUUAACAUUUGUCAAUGAAUGUGUUUCCUUUACAACAAACGUGUCUGCCAGGUUCUGGCUGAUAGAUUGUCGACAGAUCCAGGAAUCCGUCACUUUUGCAUCACAAGUAUAUAGAGAAAUUAUCUGCGUACCUUAUAUGGCCAAAUUUGUAGUGUUUGCCAAGUCACAUGACCCAAUUGAAGCUAGGUUGAGAUGUUUCUGCAUGACUGAUGAUAAAGUGGAUAAGACCCUUGAACAACAAGAAAAUUUUGCUGAGGUGGCCAGAAGCAGGGAUGUGGAGGUGUUAGAAGGAAAACCCAUCUAUGUUGAUUGUUUCGGCAACUUGGUGCCAUUAACUAAAAGUGGCCAGCAUCAUAUAUUCAGUUUUUUUGCCUUCAAAGAAAAUAGACUUCCUCUAUUUGUCAAGGUACGCGAUACGACUCAGGAACCCUGCGGACGACUAUCAUUUAUGAAGGAGCCAAAAUCCACAAGAGGCCUGGUGCAUCAAGCUAUUUGCAACUUAAACAUCACUUUGCCGAUUUAUACAAAGGAAUCAGAGUCAGAUCAAGAACAGGAGGAAGAGAUCGAUAUGACAUCAGAAAAAAAUGAUGAGACAGAAUCUACAGAAACAUCUGUCCUGAAAAGUCACCUCGUUAAUGAAGUUCCUGUCCUAGCAAGUCCGGACUUGCUCUCUGAAGUUUCUGAGAUGAAACAAGAUUUGAUCAAAAUGACCGCCAUCUUGACCACAGAUGUGUCUGAUAAGGCAGGUUCUAUUAAAGUGAAGGAGCUGGUGAAGGCUGCUGAGGAAGAGCCAGGAGAGCCUUUUGAAAUCGUUGAAAGAGUUAAAGAGGACUUAGAGAAAGUGAAUGAAAUCCUGAGAAGUGGAACCUGCACAAGAGAUGAAGGCAGUGUGCAGAGCUCUCGGUCUGAGAGAGGAUUAGUGGAAGAGGAAUGGGUUAUUGUCAGUGAUGAGGAAAUAGAAGAGGCUAGGCAAAAAGCACCUUUAGAAAUCACUGAAUAUCCAUGUGUAGAAGUUAGAAUAGAUAAAGAGAUAAAAGGAAAAGUAGAGAAAGACUCAGAGCAGCUACAGACAGUUCAAGAUAAGGCAGGGAAGAAAUGUGAGGCUCUGGCUGUUGGCAAGAGCUCUGAAAAGGAAGGGAAAGACAUACCCCUAGAUGAGACACAGAGUACACAGAAACAGCACAAACCAAGCUUGGGAAUAAAGAAGCCAGUAAGGAGGAAAUUAAAAGAAAAGCAGAAACAAAAAGAGGAAGGUUUACAAGCUAGUGCAGAGAAAGCUGAACUUAAAAAAGGUAGUUCAGAAGAGUCAUUAGAUGAAGACCCAGGUUUAGCCCCUGAACCUCUUCCCACUGUCAAGGCCACAUCUCCUUUGAUAGAAGAAACUCCCAUUGGUUCCAUAAAGGACAAAGUAAAGGCCCUUCAGAAGCGAGUGGAAGAUGAACAGAAAGGUCGAAGCAAGUUGCCCAUCAGAGUCAAAGGCAAGGAGGACGUGCCAAAAAAGACCACUCACAGGACACAUCCAGCUGCAUCACCCUCUCUGAAGUCAGAGAGACAUGCUCCAGGGUCUCCCUCCUCUAAAACAGAAAGACACUCUGCUCUUUCCUCUUCUGCAAAAACUGAAAGACACCCUCCAGUAUCACCAUCAAGUAAAACUGAGAAACACUCACCUGUGUCACCCUCUGCAAAAACGGAAAGACAUUCACCUAUGUCAUCUUCGAGUAAAAUUGAGAAACACUCACCUGUAUCACCCUCGACAAAAACUGAAAGGCACUCCCCUGUGUCAUCUACAAAAACAGAAAGACACCCACCUGUUUCACCUUCAGGCAAAACAGACAAACGUCCACCUGUAUCGCCCUCUGGGAGAACAGAAAAACACCCACCAGUAUCGCCUGGGAGAACAGAAAAACGCUUGCCUGUUUCACCGUCCGGAAGAAUGGACAAACACCAACCUGUAUCAACAGCUGGGAAAACCGAAAAGCACCUGCCUAUGUCACCUUCUGGCAAAACAGAAAAGCAACCGCCUGUAUCCCCCACUUCAAAAACAGAGAGGAUCGAAGAAACCAUGUCUGUUCGGGAGCUGAUGAAGGCUUUCCAGUCAGGUCAGGACCCUUCUAAACAUAAAACUGGACUCUUUGAGCACAAAUCAGCAAAACAAAAGCAGCCACAAGAGAAAGGUAAAGUUCGGAUAGAAAAAGAAAAGGGGCCGAUACUAACCCAGAGAGAAACUCAGAAAACAGAGAAUCAGACAAUCAAACGAGGCCAGAGACUCCCGGUAACGGGCACGACAGAAUCCAAAAGAGGAGUUCGUGCUUCCUCUAUAGGAGUUAAGAAAGAAGAUGCAGCUGGAGAAAAGGAUAAAAUUCUCAGCCACAAAAUACCUGAACCUGUUCAGUCAGCACCUGAAGGAGAAAGCCACAGCGAAGUCCCCAAAGAAAAGAUGGCUGAUGAGCAGGGAGACAUGGAUCUCCAGAUCAGCCCAGAUAGGAAAACCUCCACUGACUUCUCUGAGGUCAUUAAGCAAGAGUUGGAAGACAAUGACAAAUACCAACAAUUCCGCCUGAGUGAGGAGACAGAAAAGGCACAGCUUCAUUUAGACCAAGUACUCACUAGUCCUUUCAACACGACAUUUCCACUUGACUACAUGAAAGAUGAGUUCCUUCCAGCUCUGUCUUUACAAAGCGGUGCUUUAGAUGGCAGUUCUGAAAGCCUAAAGAAUGAGGGGGUAGCUGGCUCUCCGUGCGGCAGUCUGAUGGAGGGGACCCCUCAGAUUAGUUCAGAAGAAAGCUAUAAGCAUGAGGGCCUAGCAGAGACCCCUGAGACAAGCCCAGAAAGCCUUUCUUUCUCACCAAAGAAAAGUGAGGAGCAAGUUGGGGAAACAAAGGAAAGCACCAAGAUAGAAACCACCACAGAAAUUCAUUCAGAAAAAGAGCAUCCCACAACCAAAGACAUUACUGGUGGUUCUGAAGAGCGAGGUGCCACAGUCACUGAGGUCUUGGAGACCUCUACUGAGGGUUUUCAGAAAGAGACCACUCUAGGCUCUCCCAAAGACACAAGCCCUAAAAGAAAAGAUGAUUGCACCGGCAGCUGUAGUGUAGCAUUAGCUAAAGAGACACCCACAGGACUGACUGAGGAGGCAGCCUGUGAUGAAGGUCAACGUACCUUUGGUAGUUCAGCCCACAAGACACAAGCUGAUAGUGAGGCUCAGGAAUCCACAGCCGCCUCAGAUGAGACAAAGGCCUCGCCGCUGCCUGAGGCUUCUGUAAAGACAGAUACAGGAACUGAAUCAAAGCCUCAGGGAGUCAUUAGAAGUCCCCAAGGGUUAGAACUUGCACUCCCUAGCCGAGAUAGUGAAGUCCUCAGUGCUGUGGCUGAUGACUCAUUAGCAGUGAGCCACAAAGACUCUCUGGAAGCCAGCCCUGUGCUAGAAGAUAACUCUUCACACAAAACCCCUGAUUCUCUGGAGCCAAGUCCUCUGAAAGAAUCCCCUUGCCGUGACUCUCUGGAAAGCAGCCCUGUUGAACCAAAGAUGAAGGCUGGAAUUUUUCCAAGUCACUUUCCUCUUCCUGCAGCUGUUGCCAAAACAGAACUCUUGAUGGAAGUAGCCUCUGUGCGGUCCCGGCUACUCCGAGACCCUGACGGCAGUGCUGAGGAUGACAGUCUUGAGCAGACAUCGCUCAUGGAGAGCUCAGGGAAGAGUCCCCUUUCUCCCGACACCCCCAGCUCUGAAGAAGUCAGCUAUGAGGUUACACCCAAAACCUCAGAUGUAAGUACACCAAAACCAGCUGUGAUUCAUGAAUGUGCAGAGGAGGAUGAUUCAGAAAAUGGGGAGAAAAAGAGGUUCACACCUGAAGAGGAGAUGUUUAAAAUGGUAACCAAAAUAAAAAUGUUCGAUGAACUUGAACAAGAAGCAAAGCAGAAAAGGGACUACAAAAAAGAACCCAAACAAGAAGAAUCCUCUUCAUCCUCUGACCCAGAUGCAGACUGUUCAGUAGAUGUGGAUGAACCGAAACAUACGGGCAGUGGGGAGGAUGAAAGUGGUGUCCCUGGGUUAGUAACUUCAGAGAGCAGGAAGGUGUCUUCCUCCUCAGAAAGUGAACCUGAGCUGACACAGCUAAAAAAAGGUACUGACUCAGGCCUCUUACCAGAACCAGUGAUUCGAGUACAACCUCCUUCACCACUUCCAUCAAGCAUGGACUCCAAUUCCAGUCCAGAAGAAGUACAAUUCCAGCCUAUCGUUUCCAAACAAUAUACUUUCAAGAUGAAUGAAGAGACUCAGGAAGAGCCAGGUAAAUCAGAAGAAGAAAAAGAUUCUGAAUCCCAUUUAGCUGAAGACAGUCAUGCUGUUUCCACUGAAGCUGCAGAUAAUUCUUUUGAUAAGCUAAACAGAGACACUGAUCAGCCAGAAAUCUGUGGUGGCCAUGGAUGUGAGGCCAUGAGUCCUAGCAGCUCAGCUGCUCCUGUCUCUUCAGGUCUGCAGAGUCCAACUGAUGAUGAUAUUGAUGAACAGCCAGUAAUCUAUAAAGAAUCGUUAGCUCUCCAAGGCAGUCAUGAAAAAGACACAGAGGGAGAAGAGCUUGAUGUUUCUAGAGCAGAAUCUCCACAAGCAGAUUGCCCCAGUGAAAGCUUUUCACCUUCGUCCUCUUUGCCUCAUUGUUUGGUAUCGGAAGGAAAAGAGUUAGAUGAAGACGUAUCCACCACAUCUUCUAUUCAAAAAACAGAAAUCACAAAAACUGAUGAAACAUUUGAGAACUUACCAAAGGACUGCCCCACUCAAGACUCAUCCAUUACUACUCAAACAGAUAGAUUUUCCAUGGAUGUUCCUGUGUCCGACCUAGCUGAGACGGAUGAAAUCUAUGAUCACCAAAUAACUAGCCCUUAUGAAAAUGUCCCUUCCCAAUCUUUUUUCUCUAGUGAAGAAAGCAAAACCCAAACAGAUGCAAAUCACACCACAAGUUUUCACUCUUCUGAAGUGUAUUCUGUCACCAUCACAUCCCCUGUUGAAGAUGUUGUGGUGGCAAGCUCCUCUAGUGGAACUGUUUUAAGCAAAGAAUCUAAUUUUGAGGGCCAAGACAUAAAAGUGGAAUCCCAACAAGAAAGUACCUUGUGGGAAAUGCAAUCAGACAGUGCCUCUUCAUCUUUCGAGCCUACUAUGUCAGCUACAACAGCAGUUGUUGGUGAACAAAUAAGCAAAGUCAUUAUCACAAAAACUGAUGUGGAUUCUGAUUCUUGGAGUGAAAUUCGGGAAGACGAUGAAGCCUUUGAGGCUCGUGUGAAAGAGGAAGAACAAAAGAUAUUUGGUUUGAUGGUAGACAGACAAUCACAGGGUACCACCCCUGACACCACUCCUGCUAGAACCCCAACUGAAGAGGGGACCCCAACAAGUGAGCAAAACCCAUUUCUGUUUCAGGAAGGAAAAUUGUUUGAAAUGACCCGAAGUGGUGCCAUUGAUAUGACCAAAAGGUCCUAUGCAGAUGAAAGUUUUCACUUUUUCCAAAUUGGUCAAGAAUCCAGGGAAGAGACUGUCUCUGAAGAUGUGAAAGAAGGGGCUACUGGGGCUGAGCCCCUACCGCUGGAGACAUCAACUGAAUCACUAGCACUUUCAGAAUCAAAAGAAACAGUGGAUGAUGAGGCAGACUUACUUCCAGAUGACCUGAGUGAGGAAGUAGAGGAAAUACCUGCUUCGGAUGCUCAACUUAACUCUCAAAUGGGGAUUUCAGCCUCCCCUGAAACACUGACAAAAGAGGCUGUUAGUGUAGGGACCAAGGACCUCCCCACCAUGCAAACGGGUGAUAUAUCUCCUCUGUCUGGUGUAAAACAGAUAUCCUGCCCCGACUCUUCUGAACCAGUUGCACAAGUCCAGUUAGAUUUUUCCACAGUCACCAGGUCUGUUUAUUCAGAUAGGGGUGGUGAUUCUCCUGAUUCUUCCCCAGAAGAACAGAAAUCAGUAAUCGAAAUUCCUACUGCACCCAUGGAGAAUGUGCCUUCUACUGAAAGCAAAUCUAAAAUUCCUGUAAGGACUAUGCCCACUUCCACCACAGCACCUCCAUCUGUAGAGUAUCAGAGUUCCCUUUCUGAAGAUUUGCUAUCCAGUGUAGAUGAGGAAAAUAAGGAGGAUGAAGCAAAACCAAAGUCCAAACUCCCUGUCAAAGUACCCCUCCAAAGAGUUGAACAGCAGCUCUCAGAUCUAGACACCUCUGUCCAGGAGACAGUGGCUCCUCAGGGACAGGACAUGACAAGCAUCGCACCAGAUACUAGAAGCAAAACUGAAUCUGAUGCUAGUUCUUUGGACUCACAGACCAAAUGCCCAGUAAAAACCAGAAGUUACACUGAGACAGAAACAGAGAGCAGAGAGAGGGCAGAGGAACUUGAGUUAGAAUCAGAAGAAGGGGCCACAAGACCAAAGAUACUUACAUCCCGAUUGCCAGUUAAGAGCAGAAGCACCACAUCUUCCUGCAGGGGGGGCACAAGCCCCACAAAAGAAAGUAAAGAGCAUUUCUUUGACCUUUACAGAAAUUCCAUAGAAUUCUUUGAGGAGAUUAGUGAUGAAGCUUCCAAGUUAGUGGAUAGGCUGACACAGUCAGAGAGGGAGCAGGAACUAGUUUCAGACGAUGAAAGUAGUAGUGCCCUGGAAGUAUCAGUAAUUGAAAAUCUGCCACCUGUUGAGACCGAGCACUCAGUUCCUGAGGACAUCUUUGACACAAGGCCCAUUUGGGAUGAGUCUAUUGAGACUCUGAUUGAACGCAUCCCUGAUGAAAAUGGCCAUGACCAUGCUGAAGAUCCACAGGAUGAGCAGGAACGGAUUGAGGAAAGGCUGGCUUAUAUUGCUGAUCACCUUGGCUUCAGCUGGACAGAAUUAGCAAGAGAACUGGAUUUCACUGAGGAGCAAAUUCAUCAAAUUCGAAUUGAAAAUCCCAACUCUCUUCAAGACCAGAGUCAUGCACUGUUGAAGUACUGGCUAGAGAGGGAUGGGAAACACGCUACAGAUACGAACCUCAUUGAAUGUCUCACCAAGAUCAACCGAAUGGAUAUUGUUCAUCUCAUGGAGACCAACAUAGAACCUCUCCAGGAGCGCAUCAGUCAUAGUUAUGCAGAAAUUGAACAGACCAUUACACUGGAUCAUAGCGAAGGGUUCUCGGUACUUCAAGAGGAGUUAUGCACUGCACAGCACAAGCAGAAAGAGGAACAAGCUGUUUCUAAAGAAAGCGAGACCUGCGAUCACCCUCCUAUCGUCUCAGAGGAAGACAUUUCUGUUGGUUAUUCCACUUUUCAGGAUGGCAUCCCCAAAACUGAGGGGGACAGCUCAGCAACAGCACUGUUUCCCCAAACUCACAAGGAGGAAGUUCAACAGGAUUUCUCAGGGAAAAUGCAAGACCUGCCUGAAGAGUCGUCUCUGGAAUAUCAGCAGGAAUAUUUUGUGACAACUCCAGGAACAGAAGCAUCAGAAACUCAGAAGGCUACGACAAUACCUGGCUCUCCCAGCAAGACACCUGAGGAAGUUAGCACCCCUCCAGAGGAGGACAGGCUGUACCUCCAGACCCCAACAUCCAGUGAGCAUGGAGGCUCUCCCAUCAUACAAGAACCCGAAGAGCCCUCAGAGCACAGAGAGGAGAGCUCUCCGCGGAAAACCAGCCUCGUAAUAGUGGAGUCUGCCGAUAACCAGCCAGAGACCUGUGAAAGACUCGAUGAAGAUGCAGCUUUUGAAAAGGGAGACGAUAUGCCUGAAAUACCCCCAGAAACAGUCACAGAAGAAGAAUACAUUGAUGAGCAUGGACACACCGUGGUAAAGAAGGUUACUAGGAAAAUCAUUAGGCGGUACGUAUCCUCUGAAGGCACAGAGAAAGAAGAGAUUACGGUGCAGGGAAUGCCACAGGAACCUGUCAACAUCGAGGAAGGGGAUGGCUAUUCCAAAGUUAUAAAGCGUGUUGUAUUGAAGAGUGACACCGAGCAGUCAGAGGUCACUUUGUGUGAGCCCAGCAUUUUGUCCAGUACCUCACAGUUUCAGGCUGAGCCAGUGGAAGGCCGUAGAGUCAGCAAAGUUGUUAAAACAACUGUGGUACGUGGAGAAAGGAUGGAGAAGCAUCUGGGGGAUUCUAGUUUAGCCACUGAUCUUCCUUCAGCCAAAGAUGACUUUGAAGAGGCUUUGAGUUACACAGGUAGCCACAUGAAAGUCCACUUACCCAGUUUAGUAGAGAAUGAAAUCCUGAAAGAGGAUGGAUCGAUAAUUAAAAGGACAACAAUGAAUAAAGCCAUUACACAGAAGAGGGCUGUGGUGAAGGACCAGCAUGGAAAACGCAUUGACUUGGAGCACCUGGAGGAUGUCCCAGAAGCACUAGACCAGGAUGACCUCCAGCGCGAUCUCCAGCAGCUCCUUCGGCAUUUCUGCAAGGAGGACUUGAAGCAAGAGGCCAAGUGAGGGGCUGCCCAGUUCUCACACCAGAAACCACACAUUCACUCAAUAUGCAGCUUCCUGUUUCAGUAGAGGAGUGACCUAACUGGCCUAAUUAAUGGGAUACCCCGACAUUUCCACUGUUAGCAAAUAUACGGCAUUUUGUUUUAGUUUUCCCCCAUCCUCUUUAACUAUAAAGCUAAUUUGUGACCAAAGAUGGCAUCCUUCAUACUGGAUGCUGUAUCCAAUACUUUGUUGUGUCUGUGCUAACCUGGGAACUGGCCACCUCCAUUGUUCUUUGCUUCUGCACAAGAUCCAUGAAAAUCCAUUGAUCAGAAGAACUUCACCUGCAGACCUCUUCAAGUGACACUAUAUAGGAAUCCUUCCAAGGGAUAUCUAUGUACAAUGUAUAUAGUUGAAAUGCUCAGAUGAACAACAUAUUAAAAUUAAAACCACUGCCUAUUGUAACUACACUGGGCAUCAGAAUAAAAGGCCUCUAGAAAUUGCUGAACAAUGGUUAAUUAAGAUAUUGCUAACACAAUCGAGUGAUAAUAUAGUUUUAUUGCAAAAGAAGCACUUCAGACCUAUUAUGUCCUUAGAACUUCCAGAGUAGCCACUGCUCCCAGUUAAAGGUGGAUUAACAGCCUUGCAGAACUGUCCUGAGACAGUAUUGCUGGUGCUGGCCAGCCAUGGCUUAGGACUCUCCAACAGCCACUCUGAGGGAGGGGAGAAGGGAGCAGAGGCCACGCAGAAUGAAACGAUGGGGUAUUCAGUUGCUAGCAGCUACAUUGUGUGGCAUUCUAGCAUCUUCAGGUCUUUAGAUUUUGGACGAGUUUUGGCAGGGUAUUUUAAAAGCUAUAACUACUGUAGUUUUCCAGUUUUCAUUGCUGCUUUAGCAAACCACGCUGUCUUACUGGUGGUACUUUCUUCUGGCCACUGCACUGUAGAUAAUUCAUUGGAAACAAGAUUUACUCACUACAUAAAAGGUUAAACUCCUUCAGUAUGUUGGAGUGGUUUCUUUCUUUUUUUUUUUUUUUCCUUUUUCUUUUUUUUUUUUUUUUUUUUUUUUCAGGUUUAUAUCUUCUCUAAUACCUGCAUGUGACAUUUAAAAAUCAAGACCACGGUCAAACUCCUCUUCUAAUCACAUUAAUUGUUUCCAUUCUUUUUACCCUGAGUGAGCACUUUUCACUUUCCAGCUAGGUCUGUUUUUCAGCUUGCAGACGAGAUUGAGAAAUCCUUGAAAAUUUGGUUUUGGUUAAAAUUUUUGGUUUAUUUAUUUGAAAUCCACACUCCCUUGGAAACUCUUAAGUGCAUUUGUGCACUUCUGUUUGUUUGUCUCAAAGAAGGGACUGUAACAAUCUGAGUAAUUUCCAUGUCCUCUUCCUAUUCCUCUAGUGGUUGAAGCUGUGUAGCAUUUUAACAUAUAUAUAUUCACAAAUAUAUUCAUAUAAACAGUAUACAUUUUGAAUCAGUCAUUUGUUAAAGAAAAGUAUAUUCAAUGAAGAUGAAAUUUAAAUAAAAAAGGACAGAGUCUAUCCUCCAGGGAUUGAACAUUUUCCAAUUAUCUGGUCUUUUCCUGUUGUGCAAAAAUGACUCAUUGCUCCGAAUGUCAAAAACAAAUGCGACAAACAAUGGCACUUCAUCAUUUAAAGUAAUGUUGCCAAGAGAAAAAAUUUCCUGGGAGGGAGGUUUCCCACAAGCCAAAUCUCCUAAGCCUCAAAUGCUAGCACUUUUUGGCAGUUGGAUAGGAAAUGAAACAUUCUUUGGCAGCCAAAAUAAGAGAGGCCGAUGGUGAAACUUUUUGAGACACCCUAUGGCCUUCUUGUCAAAACCUUCACUGGAGCUCAAGAAAAGCAUUUCUGUUGUGUUAUUUGCAGUGCAGAUGAUGUCUGUGUAACAACAUAAUGGUUAUUCACCCUUUUUUGAUUUUGAUUUUUGCUGUGUUAUCAAAAACUUGAAUACUGUGAGAAGAAGUGAAUUUUCAGUUGACGAAUCAGCAUCUUGUUCCCAUGGUGAUAACACUAAUUGAAUAUAUCUAUGAGGGCAUGUAUUAGUUAAUGGAAAAAAAAAAUACAACACUAACAAUACAUAGCUGCAAUGUGUACAAUGGCUGAUUUAAUUAAAUAAAAUGUACAAGUGUUAAAUGUG